AGCUCGGUAGCGGCAAAAUGCCGCCAUCGUUCAACCUCUCCACGGCCACGUAUGAGUUGUUCGCGGGAAAUGUAUCAUCCACGCUGGAAAACUAUACCGUCUCGAUGGCGGACACGUUUGCAUACGAAGCCCUACACUCUCCGCGAGCACUGCUGGCGCGAAAUGCGUCGAUUACGCUCGGAUUUCAACAGCAACAGCCGAACGCAACCGUUGCCAACCUAACCACGGGACACAACGAAAGUCUUGCCAACCUGCUACUCCAUCCGGGCGUCCAUCAACUGUCCAGCGGGUUGGUAACGCUUGUCGGUGACAUCAUGAGCUCGUCGGGCGAAACCAUUCUCCCUCGGGAGGAGUGCGAUCGGCUCAACAUUAGCUACACGCUCGAGGGUACGGCUAUGGCGAUACCGGGCCUAAGCUGUUACGAGCAUGCACCGACACUGUCCAAAUCGGGCGUCAUCCGGGUGAUCGUCCUGUCGGCGAUGGCGAUCGUGUCGUUGCUCGGAAAUUUCGCCACCAUGUGGAACAUCCAAAAGAACAGGAAAUCGCGCCGCGUUACCCGCCACAAUUGGAGCGCUAUCUAUUCGCUCAUCUUUCAUCUGUCGAUAGCAGACGUGCUGGUGACGGGGUUUUGCCUGAUCGGUGAAGCGGCCUGGUACUAUACGGUGGACUGGGUGGCGGGAAACAUUUUCUGCAAGCUGUUUAAAGUUUGUCAGAUGUUUAGCCUGUACCUGUCCACGUACGUGCUGGUGUUGGUCGGGGUGGACCGGUGGGUUGCGGUCAAGUAUCCGAUGAAGUCGCUCAACACCGCUCGGCGAUGUCAUCGGUUUCUGUUCGUGGCCUAUCUGCUGUCGUUUCUGCUCAGUACUCCACAGUGGAUGAUAUUCCGGGUAGCGAAAGGACCGUUUUUGGAGGACUUUUACCAGUGCGUAACACACGGCUUCUACACCGACCGAUGGCAGGAGCAGCUCUACACGACCUUUACGCUAGUGUUUAUGUUCAUCAUUCCGCUGCUGAUAUUAAUCGGCACCUAUUUAUCAACAUUCAUGACGAUCUCAAGUAGUGAAAAAAUCUUCCGCAUCGACACGUCGGCCGUCGACCGGACGACGUACUAUCGGCGCUCCGACACGAACCGUCAGCGGUUGAUACAUAAGGCGAAGAUGAAGUCCCUCCGGAUAUCCGUCGUCAUCGUGGUGGCAUUCGUCGUGUGCUGGACACCGUACUACAUCAUGAUGCUGAUAUUCAUGUUCCUGAAUCCGACCGAACGCUUCGGCGAGGACCUGCAGUCGGGCAUCUUCUUCUUCGGUAUGUCGAACAGCCUGAUCAAUCCGCUGAUUUACGGUGCGUUUCACCUGGUGCCGAUCCGACAGCGACGCAAUCAGUACAAUCAACAUGUAAGGGAAGGCUCUGUGUACUUUCAGCGGUCGUCCACCUUCAACCAUCACAAUGGCCACCAGCGGAACCUGAACCCGCACAUCAAGUUUUCCAACUCGCACUCCAACCUGCCGGAGGAAAUAUCGCUCAUGUCGCUGGAAAAGGAUCUCCGCAGCCUCGAUGAGAACGUCAACCAGAUCCAUCAGAAGGGUGGAGGAGCAGGAGGCGGCGGUGGUGGUGGAGGAGCCAGUGGAGGAACUGUUGGUGGUUCGCGGAUCAAGCGGCGUAGCUUUACCAGCAAGUUUCUGUCCUUUUCCCGGCUACUGCAGCGCAAUCAUCCCACUAAGCUUUAA